CUACUUGAAUUUUACUCAUUUAAUUCUUCUUUCUUCUUGAUUAUUCUUAAUAAAUUCUAGUUUAAUUAGUUUCUUGUAUUUUGUAAGCCACUUAUUAAAAAGUGUGGAAUGAACUAACUAGAUAUCUAGCAAUUCAAGGACUAGUGAAUACUUGUGUAUAGCUACAAAAAUGGUGCACCAUUCUUGUUGUAAUCAACAAAAGGUUAAGAGAGGGCUAUGGUCACCCGAGGAAGACGAGAAGCUCAUGCGAUAUAUUUCUACACAUGGCUAUGGUUGUUGGAGUGAAGUCCCUGAGAAAGCUGGGCUUCAAAGAUGUGGCAAGAGUUGUCGUUUACGAUGGAUCAACUACUUAAGACCUGAUAUAAGGAGAGGAAGGUUCACUCCAGAAGAAGAGAAAUUGAUCAUCAAUCUUCAUGAAGUUGUAGGCAACAGAUGGGCACAUAUAGCAAGUCACUUACCAGGAAGAACAGACAAUGAGAUUAAGAAUUAUUGGAAUUCAUGGAUCAAGAAAAAGAUCCGAAAGCCCAUGUCUUCCUCCACAUCGUCUGCCCCUUCAACUAUGAACACAACCACCACCACCACCACUUCCGCGCAAGCCCAUGCAUCCAUCAGCUCCUCUAAUUACCCGUUUAUCAUAAGGUUUGGACCCGACCCAAUUCACAGGGUGAAUCAAGAUGGGCCCACAAAGGAGGGCACAAUAUCCACACAAGAAAAUAACACAACCCUAAUCCCUUCCUCUUGUCCCUUAUUCAUGUUCGACACAAGUACCCAAAUCGACCCUGUUAUUGGUGACAACAUUGGUAUUACUAGUAGUAAUGCCAUGGGGUUAAGUACAUCUUAUCAACAAGAAGUUUGGAAUUCUUGUAACAUGCCAAUAUUCACUAAUAUUGGCACUACUACUAAUAUGCCAAUAUUUACUAACUGCACCACUAGUACUAUAAGUACUAUUAGUGGGUUGGAUUUAAUUACUAACAAUAAUAGCAAUAAUUAUAUGCCAAGUUUGGUAGAUAGUAUGGAUAGCAUGGUUCCAAAUGAGGUACAAUCAUGUACAAGUGAAGGUAUUGAUCAAGAACAUUAUCGAAUGGCGGUAAAUCAAUGCGUGCCAAGGCAACAUGACAACGAUCAUCAUGAUCAAUUGGUGGGUGUUAAUGGAUGGGCGAUGAUUGAAUCACAAAGUUGCCCUAGUUUAUUAUUUUGGGAUCAAGUUGAAGGUUUGACUCUUAAUAAUAUUGGUGAUGAGGAGCAUCAACUUGGACCGUCUUCAUCGUCGAACACAGGAACAUUCCUUUCUUCUUUCCCUUCUCCUUUGUGAGGAAUUGAUCUGCAAAAUGAUCGAGCUACAGAGUUUACUGAUUUUUCUUUCAAUUCAAACAAAGGGCUUGAUUUGGAGGAUUUUUUUUUUUUUUUUUUUUUUUUUUUUUUUUUGGGUUUGAUUUUUUAUUGCUUAUUUAUAUAUACAAUGGUUGAGUGUGGUGAGGUGCUAACUUGAAGUUUGUAUAAAUGAUGUGAUGUACUCAUUAAUUUUUUUAUGGUAAGUAGAAGGGGACUCAUUUGAGGAGGAAGAUAAGGAAAAUCCCUCAAAUGAGUUUUAUGAGAUUUGAUCCAUAGAUCACAGGGAUUUGAGGUGUGAAGCGACGCCACUAUUCCACCUUAACUUUAUACUAUGUAAUUCAUAAUACGUAACUAUACAUAAAGUGUAUUCUUUUUAUUUUUACUUUAGUCGAAAUACAAAAUGAUAAAAGGAAUUCAACAG